AUGCAAUUACUGGAACUGACUCCCCUUCCCCGCCUUCUCUUGUUGCUUGAAUUCUCCACUCCUGAUCAUCCCUCUGCACAGUUACUAGAAAAGCUUCGUUUAGAGAAGCAGCAGGACGAUGGUCUACAGCCCACCAACCCCCCACCAUAUACCCAGCGCGACCCACAUGAACAACCGACAUUCACAUCGGAGUCACUCAUCCAUCCCGAGCAUCCCGUCCUCUAUCUCCCACCACUCAUCUCAUCCCUGCCACAAAACGCACAACGCCCCGACGUUUCCGUGUCUUCUCCGGACAACAAGCCUCCCGCAGUCCUAACGACCACAACUCGUCUUCCAGAGAUCGACCCCGUAUCCCUUUCUCUUCACCGCGCACUGCACUACUUCAGGCCCCUUGAUGACAAAUACGCCAGCAAGCCGUACGAAAGUGCGUUCAAUUGGAGCGAACUGCGGCUUCCUGAGGAUGAGGAGCGCGAGUGGUAUUGCGUGGCUUUCCGGUCGCGUCGGAAGGAAGGAAGCAAUGGUGAUGCGCUCUACGAAGCGGAUCGAAAGGCCCACGAAGAAGCGGUGCAGAACGGUGGUCUUCUUAUGUACUGGUUCGGCGUUCCCGACCCCGUCACGGGCCUCAAUCUUGCAACGUGCAUCUGGCAAUCUCGUGCACACGCCGCAGCUGCGAACUCGCGUCCGGACCAUAUUCGCGCUAUGCGCCUCGCGAAAGACUCGUACGAGGUGUAUACGCUUGAAAGGCACGUUUUGCGCAAACGCCGUGGGUCGACUGGUGUCGUGGUUGAGGAGUACACAGGUGGUGAGGCUGGCUGGUGAUUAGAAAUGUAGAUUUUUCGCUUUCGUUUUUCUUUUUGCGCUGUUGUGCAAUUUUGGAACCGGGGCUUUCUCGGUCUACGUGCUGUUCACCAUUGGUAUCAUCCUAUACCUUGCCAAUAGUAAAUUAUACCGUAUUAGACAUACAAUGCUAUUCCAUGUAACAAACGCUUUGAAAUUGAAUAUAAUCGCAUGGCCAUCACGUCUCCCAAUCCUCUAUCGAAUC